CUCGGCAUCGCCUCGUCUUUGUACAUUGAGUUUCCCGCAGCCCAGUACACAUAAUUAUCCACCGGCAUCAUCAUGGCAUUCCACCUCCCAGCCGUCACCCGGACCCUCCUGCUCUUGCUGCUCAUCACUGGCGUUAUAACUAGUACCACCCUCGCCACCCUCCCCACGCAGCAAAACGAUGAAACACUGCUCGACAUCCCGCGCCUAACAACCCUCCUCUCCCCCUCCGCCCAACUCCUCCUCCCUACCGACCCCAAUUUCAACACCACCCUCGACCGCUGGUCCACAAGCCCCCUUAACUCCCCGCGCCCAUCCCUCCUCGUCCUCCCGACCACCGAAUCCGACAUCUCGCACGCAAUAUGCUACGCUGAUUCCCACAAUCUCCCUUUCCUCGCCACCUCAGGCGGCCACGGCACGAACGAAUAUCUGUCGGACCUGCACGGAGGCGUCGUAAUUCAUCUGCGGAAUCUCACCAAAUUCGAGCUUGCUCCCGCUGGCGACGGGGGAACGGUUGCGAUACUGGGUGGUGGGCUGCUCUCGCAUCAGGUUAUGGAGGGCUUAUGGAGGCAGGGCAAGCAGACGGUUACGGGAAUGUGCGGGUGUGUCUCGUACUCCGGGCCGGCGUUGGGCGGAGGGCAUGGGACUUUGCAGGGGCGGUAUGGGUUGGUCGUGGAUCAGAUUGUGAGUGCGAGGAUGGUGUUGGGGGAUGGGCGGGUUGUGGUUGCUUCAGAGAGGGAGAACGAGGAUUUGUUUUGGGCUUUGCGAGGGGCGGGGCAUAAUUUUGGGGUGGUGAGUGAGUUUACUGUCAGGGUGCAUGAUGUGGAGGAGAACAUGAAGAAUUGGGCUUGGGAGAGGUUCGUGUUUGGGAGGGAGAGGCUGGAGCAGUUGUAUGAGGUGGCGAAUGGGAUGAUGGAGGAUCAGCCGGAGUAUGUGAAUGUUUUCUCGUCGUGGAGCAUCCUGGAGGAGGUUGAUCCGGACCGGCCGAUGAUUGUGUUCAUUGUCUUCUGUAACGGCCCGAUGGAGGACUGCAGAGAGUACACGCAACCGAUCCACGACCUCGGCGCGGUAGAUCACCGCUCCGGCGUCACCGAGUUGCCAGGAAUCGACGAGGUGUUGAACCUCGACGUGAACGACCCGCAAUGUCAACCACAGGGCACAGUUCUAAUGCGGGGCGUCUACGUGGACAGGUACGAUAUCGAUACGCUGCGCAACUGGUGGGAAGUUUUUAGCGACAUGUUGGCAACCGAGCCCGCCUUUGCCAACUCCAUCUGCCUCCUCGAGGGAUACUCGAUGCAGGGUGUGCAAGUGGUGCCUUCAGACAGCACCGCCUUUGCUCAUCGAGACAAGAGGUUACUGUUCUCUCCGGUUGUCGGGUACAGCGUCGUCGGCAACAGCACCCUCGACCGAGAGGCCGAACGAUGGAGCAAGGCAUUGGAAACAGCGGCCGCCGGAAGUGCCGAGAGAAGGGUCUAUGUCAACUACGCCCUUGGCGACGAAAGUUUGCAGGCCAUUUAUGGCCGGAGGGACGAGCCAUGGAGGCUAGAGAGGCUUCGUGCUCUCAAGCGCAAGUAUGAUCCGAACAACCGAUUCAGAUUCUUUUCGCCGAUCGUCCGAGAUGGUACGCCGGAGGAUACCAUGUGAGGGUAAGGGAAAGGAAAGGGAUAGACAGUAAUCCGUAUCCUCCGGGGGAGGACAUGCAGCGAAACAGUAGUAAUUGACUGUAUUGUGGCCACAGAGACUUGAAC